AUGAAUAAAGGCGAAAAGAAAAAGCAUUCAUGUCUUGAAUGGACUCAAUUAUUUAUCUCAUUUAUGAUACCUGCAGCUAUUGCUAUUUAUACAGUAUUGGAAAAUAAUCGAGAAUUAGCUAUUGCUUCUCAGCAUCGUGUUCAAGAUCUUGAUAUAGCUGAUGAUCAACGAAAAGAAACUGUUCUUCGUCAAUAUCAAAAAACCUUAUGUCAAUUAAUUGAAAAAUAUGGUUCGCAAUUCAAUCAAUCAUCCGAAAUUUCUUUAGUUGCCCGUUUUGCAACGCUUUCAGCAUCGCGUCAACUUGAUUCUCAUCGUCGUAAUUUUCUUAUUCGUUUAUUGUAUAAUGCAAAAUUAAUUACAUAUGAUUCAAUAAAUGAUCAACCGAAAAUUUCACUUGAAUCAGCUAAUUUAACUGAGUUAUCUCUGAUUGAUGGAACUGUUGGACAAACAUUAGUUCAUAUUUAUAUGGCAGGUGCUAUUAUGACUAAAGCUAAUUUUCAUGGUAUUAAUAUUCAUGGUGCUAUAUUCAAUGGAGCCAAACUUAAGAAUGCUGAUUUUUCUUCUACUACAAAUAGUUUAUACUGUAGCGACAUGCCAUGUGUUGGACCGAACAGUGCAUCAUUAUAUUUUGAAGAAAGUGAUCUAACAUCUGCUUUGUUUUCAAAUGCUAUUUAUGAUAAUGCUUCAUUUCAUAUGGCUAAAAUGUCAAACACAAAUUUACAUCGUUUUCGAUGUGAUUUGUGUUUUUUCGGUGUUGCUAAUAUGACUCAAACAAAUUUACAAUAUGUAGAAAUCUCCAGAUCGUCAUUUACAAUCUCUAUGUUUAUACAAGCUGUAAUUCAUCAAUCAAAUUUUUAUGAAAAUGUUGAUUUUUCUGUUGCAGAUAUGAGUUAUACUCAUGUUAGUCACAGUAAAUUUACAGAGUGCCUAUUUGAUUCUACUAAUUUGAAAAGUGUUACAUUGCAUUAUAAUACGUUUACGAAAAGUACAUUUAAAAGUGCCAAAAUGUUUGAAAUAUCAAUUCUACAUAGUAUUUUUAUUGAUGUAAAUUUUACUAGUGCUGAUUUAAGUAAAAGUAAUUGGCAAUAUGUUCGCUGUGAAAGAUGUAUAUUUAAUUUAGUCAACUUCAACCGUACUGAAUUAUCUAAUUCAAUAUUCAUCGAAAGUGAUUUUGGAAAUGCUACGAUUACUGAAGAUCAAUUGAACCAAGUUUCGUCUUUGAAAGGUUCAAUAUUACCUAACGGAACUGUUGUUGGUUAG